AUGUGGCACGAAGCAAGGAAACAAGAACGGAUGAUCCGUGGAAUGAUUGUUGACUAUCGUCGAAGGGCGGAGCGCCGUAAGGACUUUUACGAAAAGAUUAAAGCGGAACCUACACAAUUUUUGCAACUCCAUGGGCGACCAUGCAAAAUACAUUUAGAUCCAGCUAUUGCAGCGGCUGGCGAGGGCCCUGCUAUAAUGAUGCCUUGGCAAGGAGAUACCAACAACAUGAUAGACCGUUUUGAUGUGCGAGCCCACUUGGACUACAUACCAGAAGUGAGGUACCCUGAAAUACCUCCAGAAGACCUGAGUCCAGAAGAAAGGCAGUGCAACUAUGAGAGAUAUAGGAUUCUGGCACAAAAUGUCUUUUUGGGAAUAAGUGAAGACAAGUUUCUCCAGCAGUUGGCAAUUGAAGAGCAGUUUGGAGUAACAAUAGAAGAGAAAGAGCAUCAAAAAGAAAAACUUCACGAAAAGAAAGGAACUGGUGCUGCUAUAGGAUACAAUUAUAAUGAUCCAGGAGCACAACCGUCUGGUUCUAACGGACCAGACACUAAAAAAGUGGAACAGAAAGAUUCGGAUGAUGAUUCGGAUCUGGAAAUCAUUGACGUCGACUUAAGCAUUGAUGUGAACAAGAUGGAGGCUUCACAGGCACACGAGCUGAAUGGCGUGGGACCGCAGUUCGGCAUGGCGGGUUGCGAUCUCUUCUCGUUCCUGACCGGUGACGCUGAUGAUGCAGAGCACCAGAAGCAGCUACUAAGGGAAGAAAAGGAAAAGGCCAUGUUCUCUGGGAGAAAGAGUAGGAGAGAGCGAAGGGCGCAUCGUUAUACUAUUGAGGCACGCAACGACAAGAAGCUCGCUACAAGGGUGGUUAGUCCUCCUAGUUACGCUGCUCCGUCGUCAAUGCCGGCACGGUCGCCGAGCCGAUCACCUAGUCGCAGCCCUUCUCCAGAUACGGGCGAGAAUAUACAAUUUAUUACGUCUUUCGGUGGAGAGGAAGAAGAGAAACCACCACCCAAACCACUGUAUGCAGACAAAGUAAAGCAGAAUUUGAAGAUGUUAUAUGCUGAUGUAGCACGCAAACCACGUAGCAGGCCUACACCACCAAGUAGCCGCCGUCGACCGAUUGGACCCAGAGGACCCAACUCACGUUCAAGGUCGUUCUCGCGAUCCCGGUCGCGCUCAAGGUCACGUUCGAGGUCGCGUUCUUGGAGGAAAUCUCGGUCCAAGUCUCGCUCUUCCCGAUCCCGCUCCGUGACCUCCAGGUCAAGGUCUCGCUCCUACAGUCCGUACAGACGAACUCGCUCGAGGUCAAGGUCACGUAAUCGUAGAAACCGAUAUUCUCGAAGCCCGGCAAAUCAAGCUAGUGGUUAUGCCAAGCGUAAUAAGUCCAGGUCGAUGUCGUUUGAAAGUAGCGAUAAGAAUGCGCAGAGCAAGCCGGCCGUGCCGCGGUACUACGGGCGACGCAAGGAGGACCAGUCGUCCAGUGAACUGUCCAUAGACUCCGACUCGAGUGAAUCCGACGAGGACGCGAAAAACAAAAUGGCGGUGGGCAAUAAAUCCAAUACAAACCAGAAUCAGUUACGAUUGUCUGGAUCCAGCUCCAAAGGUCCGUCGCGUGAAACGCUAUCACUGAAAGAAAAACUCAAGAGGAAAAUGCAGGCACAGUUAUCAAGGCAGCUUCGCGCGGACAAGCGGGCUGAAGCCGAGCGUCAGGAACGUGAGAGCCGACGGCAAGCGCGGAGGGAUGAAGAGAUGAGAGAACUGGCCAUCAAACUUAGACGCAAGCAACGUGAAAUGCGGCACCAACAGAAUAGAAGAUCGAGUGAAGAUGACUCUGAUAGAAGUCGUAGUGGAUCAUCUUCUAGAGAAUCACUCUCUAACGGCAAAAAACGAGAGGACAAAAGCAAAUCGCGCAGCGCGUCACCACCCGCACGCAUUCCAGUGUGGGAAACUAACCGAGAUUUCGCAUCAACGUCACAAAGACCCCGAUCUGAUUACAGUAUGAACAGGCCUAGAGAAUAUGGAGAGAACUCAUACUAUUCAGACAGGCGGCGGUAUCACGAUCAAGACAGCAAAGACGAUAGGAGAAAUGAUGACGAUAGGUCUCAAUACUAUUCGAAUAGGUACGAUAAGUACCAGAAUCGCGAACAGGGGCAGGGGCGGUAUGACAGCUACAAUCGAUAUGAUAACCAGAGUUACGAAGGCCGGUGGAAAGAGGAUGGUUACAAUACGGGGCGAAGGAGGCCUUAUGGGCAUAGAGGGGGUUAUAGAGGGCACGGGUAUAGGCACAAUGAUCAUCAUAGUAGUAGUCCCUCUCAAGACCAUGAUAGAGACACUAGCGAAGGGUACUCCAAAAACAAAGUGAAACUUGUAGAUUAUUAG